UUCUUUCCUUAGGCGGAACCUCUUGAGCUGGGUUAGGUUUCCCUGACGAGCUUGGCAAGAGAGGACUGGCUUCCGCUUCCGGUUAGGCUCCCUGAAGUCCUGCUGAAAGGGGUCACCGAGCCUCCAGAAGCAUGGGGCAUGGUCAUGAGCAUGGACCGGUCAAAGUGGAAUACCCUGAUCCAAAAGUAUGGAAGGUAGAGGGGACUCCCUUACAGGAUAUCCAAGAAAGGUUGGCUCGGCGUGGUCUGAAGGAUCCAUGGCUUCGCAACGAAGCCUGGAGGUAUAUGGGCACCUUUGCAAAACCUGUCACUAUCAUGGACGUUCUCCGCAAAGGAUUCAAAUGGGGAUUCACAGCCUUUGUGGUAGCUCUUGCGGUUGAGUAUACGUUGUUCCCUCCAAAGAAGGAUAAGGGCCAGCACUGAGGAUCCUCUCUUCCAAGCUACAAAUCAAUUGCUGUGUUCUGACUUUGCAUGAAAAGAUGCAUAUUAAAAUUCUUCAAAAAGGGCA